AUGAGCUUCAAUCUGGACGCACUCUUCCACGACACUGAUGACUUGCGUUCCGGGACAUUGUCGCUUAGUCUGUCAGUAUCCAAAGCGUCUACUGUAGAGUCCGCCGGUGGUAUCUGGCACGAGAACGUAAUCGAUGAAGAACAGGAAGCGAAACACGGUGAAGAGGCCCGUCUGAGAAGUACCAUCGCAACCUUGAGUCAACAAUGCGAACACUGGAAAGGGCAGGCUGAGGAACGAGGCAAAACCAUCGACGAUCUAGAUCGAAGGACUGCCAAAACCGCUGCUGGAUCUGACCUUCCGACUGACACCGUACGCCGUCUCAACCGCCUCGAAAGCGAGGUCACGCGUCUGCAAUCCGAAAACACGCAGCUCAAGGACACACUCAAGACCAUCGAAUACGAAAACUUCAAUCUGGGCAAUCAGAAUGAUGGAAAGACGCGGAAGCUGAAGGGUGCCAACAAGAAGGUCAAGAAUGCUAAGGACACGGCGUGGAAGGAGGAAGAGAAGGCGAAAGACGCUCAAGGUGAUAAGCAACGCCACCUCGUAUCCGAACGCAAGAUGAAGAAGGAACGCGGUGAUGCUUUGGCUGCACUACAGCAACAGAGAAAGCUCAACGGUGACCUGCGCGCGGAGCUUGAGCUCGAGCUGUCUGGUGCACCUCACAUGCGCGAUGUUGCUGCGGACCCGAACUACACCACUGCCAUCAUUCCGAUUCAAUUCGAUAUCCGCCGCACCGAUGUGCAGCCGAUGAUGAGGGUUCUUGAGUGGCACCAGAUGAAUCUCACCGAAAGGUUCAAAGAGUGGUACAAGGACUGGAAGAAGGCAUCUACCGGUGAGGAACGCAAAGUAGUCGGCUCGGAAGGCGUGGAUGACGAGAAGAAGAAGCUCGAAAAGCUGUAUGAAGAUAUGAUUGAGAUGCCUGAUGGGUACAUGGAGACUGCUGCUGAGCACGACGGUUGGCGUUCGAAGCGCGCUGUUCAGGCGGUUUGUCGUCAUGCUGAAGCGCGACACAACGGAGAGAUGUAG